CCGAGCGGAAGCAUCGCGUCGUCUCACUACUUUCGAACACGGGUUUUUCGUAAUAUUAUUCAUCAAGUUGGCUGAAGUUUCACGUCGCCAGUGGCUUGUUCAUCCGGAAAAUCUGAGCGAAGGUCGACUCGAUCAUUAGAUUCGCCUUCGACAUGUUGUAGUUUGCAAUGAAGUCUGAACUGAUUUACAGACAUGGAUAUUUCAACAACGGAGGUUGCUGCAGACUACUUAAUCCUAGAAUUGCUGCUAUCACUGCUGCAAUCUAUACCUUGAACAUGUCCAUUCUUGUCGUUUUGAUAUAUAGCUGGAGAAUCAGUAUCAACGUUCCGAGAUUCACAACGCUACAAGAUGUGUACUAUGGUGUCCAAAUCGCCUACUUUGCGAUAAUAGGAAGUCACUUAUUUAUGAUAGUACUCAGUAUAGGACUGUUAUUUGGAAUAUUCAGGGAAAACAUAUCCCUGGUCAUACCUUGGGUGAUAGGAUUCAUCACCUUCAUGGCAUUAGAAGCUGUAGCAAUGGUGUACUCAAAUGUCCUUAGGGAUCAUGUAAAUAAAGAAUUCGACGCUCUCUGCAAAGCCGAGGUAGCGUUUUUUAUUUCCCGAACAUUGAUAAACGCUGUAGCGAUAAGCGGCGUGAUGCGUUUCUUCAACCUCCUACGAGCUGGCAUCACUUGGAAGGGACCCGAAGUGAUCGAACUAUGAUCGAGGAACUCUAUAGGGUACGACGAAGAUGACAUCGGUUUCGACAGUGACAGUGAUUGUUCACUACUCGUCAGGGUGUCAUCUUCCGGAUCCGGUACAUUCAGUAGUAACUCGGAUUUUGUUUGACAAAUGCGGUGUUCUAGGGGAUGAAUUUGCGUUUCCUUAACAUUACGGUUUUGUUGUUAUUGAUGUUAUACUUCAUGAAGUGCAUUCCAUCAACAUGUAAGUUAAUAUUUUGUAGAGAUUUAUAUGUAAGGACGAAAUAAUCAAUUUUCAUUUCUGAU